CAUGAGCUUUCACCGAACAUUUUAUCAAGACUCAACAACACCUCGAACCGAUUCCUAUCGUCCUUUUUAUCCUGCUUGAUACCCUUUUGCUUCCUUCGAACUCAUAAAUAACUAGUACUUUCAUCAAUCCGCCCAACAUGGUCCGCCUCGAAGAACUCGAAGAUGAACAUUUCAUCAACAAGCCCGACUCUACAUCUGACGGUGCACUGUUGGUCGACGACGAUGAAGAUUAUACAGAUACAGACUCGGAAAUCUCUAGCGACGCAGGUAGUGAACCGGACCUGGACGAAUCAUUGCUGGACCGACUGAGCGCCCUCCGUGACAUUGUCCCUCCCAAGACCCGAGCGAAAAUCUCCAGCGUCACCUCGACGUUGUACAACGCGACCAGCACGACGGUGAACUACUCCGGCAAAGGUCUGUGGGUCCUCGCGACGAGUAUCUUGUUGCUCGGGAUCCCCUACGCCCUCGCGCUCGGCGACGAACAACAGUUCAUCGAGGAAGAAAAGCAGAGACAGAUGAUGGCCGAAGGCGCCCAGGGGCUGAUCCAAAGUGGUGAACCGGGUCAAGAGCAGGCCAAACCUGCUUUGUAGACAACCCCAAGAGAAAAAAAGAGAGACCACAACGACAUACCACACACACACACACACACACAAACACAAUGUUUUGAUUUUAUUCGGUGGUGGUGGUGGUGACGGUGAUGGUGGCGACGGCGGGUGAUGUGAUGGGUGAUGAGAUCAGGGGAUUGCUGGCCACAUCUGCUGUGCUGUGAUGUGUUUUUUUGUUGGGCACUUCCUUGUCACUCUCGUUGUGUUUCGAGGUCAAAGUCAAUCCCGCUUGUCAAAGUUUUCCAACCGACUCGACAUGGACACGGGUACUGUUUUUUCGGCUGGGUUUUGAUGGCUAUCGUGGAAAACGAACUUGACGGGGUACCGACUUGCGUUGAAUCGGGGGAACCAUCAAAAAGCAAGGAAACAUUUACGAGAGCAAGAAAAGGAAUCGGAGCAGUAAACCCGCAACAGCAAAGCAAAGAUGGCGUGGAAAAAGGUGGAAUGUAGGAAUAACACAAUUAAUCAUUGUACCAUACGACCCAAGAACACCAAAAAAAAAAGAAGGACGAGUCCAAACCUCGGGACAGCUACCCGAUGUAGCCGUAGGCAUCGACGUCGAGGGCGAGCCUGGGAAGCCAGUACCUGCACGACCUUUUGGGGUGGGAGGAAUUCGGAACGCAAAGGAUUGCAAACAUGUGCGAGUACACGGAACACUCUUGUGUCCCUACCUAAUCAUCCUUGACGGGACGUGGGUAUGGUACCACCGAGUUACACGGUACAGGAUUUUGAUUUGCGACGCAUUCAAUUCUAUACAUUAGGUGUUCCUGAGGAGUUACUGUAUGAAAAAAUAAACAUUCUCGUCUCUACUACCUAUGUAUGCUCG